AUGGCUUGCUCGAGUUUUAUGAAUCUUAACGCAUCUUCUUCGCAGUGGAUCAAUCAACGCUCCAUACCCUCUUGCCCAUUUUCCAAUCGCCGCAUUUUCCUCGUCCGGGCCGGAGCUUACAACGACGAACUCGUCAAGACUGCAAAAACUAUUGCAUCUCCCGGUCGUGGCAUACUUGCUAUUGAUGAAUCAAAUGCGACGUGUGGGAAGAGAUUGGCUUCAAUUGGUCUUGAUAAUACCGAAGCCAACCGACAAGCCUACAGACAGCUUUUGCUGACAACUCCUGGCUUGGGAGAAUACAUAUCUGGAGCUAUUCUCUUCGAAGAGACACUUUACCAGUCAACAACAGAUGGAAAGAAGUUUGUGGAUUGCUUAAUUGUGCAGAACAUUGUACCUGGUAUCAAAGUUGAUAAGGGUUUGGUUCCCCUACCUGGAUCCAACAAUGAAUCUUGGUGUCAAGGGCUAGAUGGUUUGGCUUCUAGGUCUGCUAAAUACUAUAAGCAAGGUGCUCGCUUUGCAAAGUGGCGAACGGUUGUAAGCAUUCCUUGUGGACCAUCAGCUUUGGCGUUGAAAGAAGCUGCAUGGGGCCUUGCACGCUAUGCUGCAAUUUCACAAGACAAUGGUCUUGUGCCAAUAAUAGAACCCGAGAUUCUACUUGAUGGGGUUCAUCCUAUUAAGAGGACACUAGAAGUGGCAGAGCGUGUUUGGUCUGAAGUAUUCUAUUACUUGGCUGAAAACAAUGUCAUGGUUGAGGGUAUCCUAUUGAAACCGAGCAUGAUCACCCCUGGGGCUGAACACAAGGAGAAAGCUUCUCCUGAUACUAUAGCAAAUUAUACUAUAACUAUGCUCAGAAGGAGAGUUCCUCCUGCUGUUCCGGGUAUUAUGUUCCUAUCAGGGGGUCAAUCCGAAGUUGAAGCGACACUCAACCUCAAUGCAAUGAAUCAAACACUCAAUCCUUGGCAUGUUUCCUUCUCUUAUGCACGCGCACUACAAAAUACUGUGCUUAAGACAUGGAAAGGACAACCCGAGAAUAUUGAACUUGCACAAAAGGCAUUAUUGAAACGGGCAAAGGCAAAUUCUCUUGCUCAGCUUGGUAAAUACUCAGCCGAUGGGGAAAGUGACAACGCUAAGAAGGGAAUGUUCGACAAAGGCUACACCUACUAGAAGCAUAGAGGUAACUAAGAUGGGACAUGUUUAGUAAUUAUAAUCGGGAGAGGGUAAAUGAGACUAUUUAACGAAAUUUCAAUUUAGUUUUUACACAGAAUAAACGAAUUUUUUAGGAAGAAUGCAUUAGCAAACAAUGUUUUAUGCUUCAAUGAGUAAAAGACAUUCAAUAUGUUCUUAGUUUUGGAUGGUCUAGAUGCCCUAGUUCUAUAAUCUAUAUCAUCCUUAUGUCCAAAUGUAUAAAGAGAAUAUGUGUUU